UAUCAACCGUCCCCGUUUGGAGCUCAGCAAAACAACCAUUUCAACACAUUUACGAAUCCCUUCAAAUCCCCGCGAAUUACUACUUUGGUUUUAUUUAUUUGAUACCCAAAUUUUACUUAGAAAUCUGCUCACCGAGCUUUGUUUGAAACAAUGCCUGGUUUCGACUUCUCCAACCAUACUCGCAAUGCUGCGUUACACGCCAGAGGUGUCCCAUUGCCAAAAGCUACAAGCACAGGAACUACAAUUGUAGGAUGUAUCUUUGAAGGAGGUGUAGUUGUAAGUUGCAUUACCAUUCUGCGAUUUCGAAGCAAUUUAAAUAGUCCCUCUAUUUCGUUUCGGACUUCGAUGUGAACUAUCAUGCUAAUCGAACCCUUGUCCAGAUCGCAGCAGAUACCAGAGCUACCAGCGGACCCAUAGUAGCAGAUAAGGUACGAUCAGUGUAAUACGUGGACGUUGAUUUAAUGCUCAUUGCUAUUAGAAUUGCGAGAAACUUCAUUACAUUGCUCCUCAAAUCUGGUGUGCCGGUGCAGGUACAGCUGCUGAUACCGAAUUCACAACCGCCCUCAUCUCUUCACAACUCGAGCUCCACUCGUUAUCGACAGGUCGCAAACCUCGAGUCGUUACCUGCAUGACCAUGCUUAAACAACACUUGUUCAGAUACCAGGGACACAUUGGGGCAUAUCUUGUAGUGGCAGGUGUUGACCCCACCGGUGUUGGAUUGUUUACGGUACAUGCGCACGGAAGUACGGACAAGCUGCCAUAUGUUACUAUGGGAAGUGGUUCACUCGCUGCGAUGUCUGUUUUUGAGACGCAAUGGAAAUCUAAGAUGACAGAGGAUGAGGCUGUUGAGUUGGCAUCAAAUGCUAUUCAAGCUGGUAUCUUUAACGAUUUGGGUUCAGGUUCGAAUGUAGAUGUGGCAAUCAUCACAAAGGAUAAGACAACAUUGAAGAGAGGUUUCGUUAAGCCGAAUGAGAGAAGUAAGAAGCAAAAGAGUUAUGUCUUCCCUAGAGGAACUACGGCUGUUCUCAACGAGAAGAUCAUUACAAGGGAGGAGAUUAGCAAGUAUGUCACGGUACAUGAGAUUGAAGGUGAGGCUGCGCUAGGGGAGAAAAUGGAUAUAGAUGCUUGAGGAUUGAAGAGUGUCUAAGAUGAGAUUUCUACUUGUAUCAAAAGACCGAAUUCAAGGCAAGGCGCAUCAGAAAUAUCAUAUAGCUGAGGAAAAUGCGUUUACGUUUCUAAUGAGAUAUAUGAUGGAAGCAAAAACAACAUCGUUUCAGCCCGGUUUUUGAUUGAUAUGGAUAGCACCAAUUGAAAUUCAAGGUGACAAUGUGCUUCUCCCAUUCUAAGUAGAUAGGUCAAAUAUAGAGCGUAACCGCUAUCUACUAGCGCUUCCAUACCCCG